UAUGCUGGCAUGAACAUUUUAUCGAGUGUUCAUUGCAUCCGUCGAGAUGAGUGAAUAUGACAUUUCACCGAAUAGACUUAAAUCUUUCGGUCGACGGCGGACUUAUCAUGAAGAUAGUGACGAUGAAGAUACAGAAAAGGGUGAUAGUGAUAAAGACAACAAGGAAAAGGAUAUUCAAAAGGAUCCAUGUAUAAAGGAGAAGUUUUCAUUUUAUUCAAAGUUCCAUGGAUAUCAUAUUCGUAAACAUUAUGGUGGAGAAAAAAUCAAAUCAGGACUUCGAGUAAUAAGAUCACGAUCAUGGAUUCCUCCAGAAGACUACAAAUAUGAUAAGGAAGAUCGUGAAAUUGGUACUAUUAUCAAUGUUGCAAAAGGUGGUGUUGUCAAGGUCCAAUGGGACUCGUCGGAUGGUAUAGAAAACUGUGUUAAAGGAGAGAAUGGCCAAUAUGAUCUUCAUUUAUUUGAUAAUGCGCAAAUAGGUGUUUUGCAUUCACAUGUACAGUGUGAUGGGUGUGGGGAACAUCCCUUAAGAGGAAUAAGAUGGAAAUGUCGUAAUUGUGUAGACUAUGACCUAUGCACACGUUGUUAUAUGGAAGAUGAACACGAUUUUACUGGUCAUAAAUUUAAAAGAAUCCAAAGUGAAAAUGCAAAGGGUGAGCAGAUGAUGUCGAGAAGCGGCCUAGAGAAUUACACUACGGCAAUUGGAAUUGGAGAAGGUGCAACUGUUAAACUUCGAAAUGACGAUAAACAUGAGGGUAAGAUACAUAGGCAGGAUCUUAAUUUGUAUUGA